ACUUCCGGUCGCCGUCAUGCGCCCGGACAGACGUCGACUGCUCGCUGCUGGCCACACUUGAGCGGGACACCGGUGUCGCCGAGCACUCAUGGCCUCCUCCCCUUGCGUCCCGGUGUCUCUGUGGCUCCUGCUGGUGGCUGCGGGGCGGCUGUGUCUCGCGGUCCAUCCGUUACUCGUCUUUCUGAUCGACGGUUUUCGCUAUGACUACACGGACGACCUGAACUCACUGCCCGGCUUCAAGGAGCUUGUUUCCAGAGGAGUGAAAGUGGACUACAUGACGCCGGACUUCCCCAGUUUAUCGUAUCCCAACUACUACUCACUCAUGACAGGCCGGCACUGUGAUGUUCAUCAAAUGAUUGGAAACUACAUGUGGGAUGAAUCCUCUGGGAAGGAGUUUCUAAUUGGGACCAAUCCUGACAGCACGUCGCCUCUCUGGUGGAAUGGAUCAGAGCCAUUAUGGGUCACUUUGCAGAAGCUUGGAAAGAAAGUUUUCAUGUACUACUGGCCAGGCUGUGAGGUGGAGAUUCUGGGGUUUCACCCAACCUUCUGUGAAAUGUACAUCCACAGUCCAUCAAUAGAAAAACUAACUGAUUCAAUUGAACAUUCUCUCACCAUACUAAGGUCAGAGGAGGCAAACAUGGCAGCGAUAUAUUAUGAGAAAAUAGACAUAGAGGGACACCACUUUGGUCCAGACUCCCCUCAGAUCAAAACAGCAGUGCAACAACUGGACACGGCCAUGCAGAUACUCAACAGCAAAAUGAAAGAGAAGAACAUGGUGAAUCAGGUCAAUGUUGUGCUAUUUUCAGACCAUGGGAUGACAAAAAUUCAAUGGAUGGACAAGGUUAUAGAGUUGGACAAGUAUAUCAACAUGUCAGACAUUGCCAAGAUGAUGGACAGAGGAACAGUUGUUAGUAUGUGGGUCAAAGGAGAGAAGUUCCAACAGGUACAUGCAGCUUUGUCCAAGGUCCCAAACAUGCAUGCUUAUGCCAGAGAUGAGAUCCCUGAACGCUUUCAUUAUAAAGGAGGAAAGUUUGUUGCCCCUCUAACACUGGUGGCUGAGCCAGGCUGGUUCAUCGCUCAGAAUAAGGCUCACCUCCCAUACUGGAAAAAUGACUCCAGUGGGCAGCCCUUGGCAUGGCAAAAUGGCUGGCACGGUUACGACAACGAAUUUCAUGACAUGGGCGGCUUUUUCUUGGCAGCAGGACCUGACUUCAAGCAGAAUUUCCGUGCUCCUCCUAUCCAAGCUGUUGACGUUUAUAACGUAUUGUGCCAGACACUGGGAGUGGAACCUUUGCCAAAUAAUGGGUCCUGGUCUCGGGUUGAGAAUUUCCUCAACAGUUCUGGUAGUCUGCACUUGCCCACAACCCAGUGGACCUGCUGGAUGGCUUUAUUAGGAACCCUGCUGACACUGCGGCAAUAAAAGACACCAAAGUCGAAUGUUUUUAAUGUCUAUAGACAUAUUGACAUAUUGUAACAAGCUAUAGACUAUAGCUUGAAACCACUUUCAGCUGGAACACUGAUUAUGACUCUUCAUCUGUGUUUUGGGAAUUUCUACUGGUAUUUAGGUUUAAUUGAAGAAAAUCCAAAGAUUCUUAAAUGUAAUGUGUGAUUAAGAAGGACAAAAAUAUCUGAUAUCCAAGAAAGAUAAAAUACAAAUACAAAUAUCAACGAUACUGCAUGUAGAUGUUUAAUGUUGAGUUUUUGUUGUUGGGUUGUUUUUUUUUUUCAUUCCAAAUGUCUUCUUCUGAGUCUUUUUAAUAACCCAGGAGCAAAAAACUUUUUUAACUGAGGUUACAUAUCACGAUCCAGGAGAAAUGCAACUUCAGUAUUCUAUAAAUAUUUUGCUAUUGAAGUCA